AUGAAGUUCACUCCCCUUGCACUCAUCGCAGCCUUGCUCGUCGCGGCGACCAGCGUCAACUCGCAACUGGUCGACGAUCCAUCCUCGUCGCUCCUCGAACGAUCGCUCGACCCGUCCCUCCUCUCUUCCGAGGUCAUCCUGGAAGCACGUCAAGCCUCUUCCUCGAACGCCACCACGACGUCGUCCGCCGCCGAACCCUCCGGAUCCGCCGCACUCGGCGGCGACGCCACCAUCACCGAACCCUCCUGCUCCAUGACCAACCACCUCUCCCAGAACCAGCAAGCUUCCUGGGGUAACGGUUUCAUCAACACGUGCUGCAGCUUCAACCAGGGCGUCACCUGCUGGUACCGCAGACAGGACGACGUCUCCCCGCAGCAGGAGUGCGAGAUUCCCACCUGCGAAGAGCUGGCUUCGGACGACAGGUCAAAGUGGGUCGGGUUUGUGCCGUUGAACUCGACGAAUGGGUCCGGAAAAUGGGGGAAUACGUUUUUGAGUUUGGGCAUGUUGAGUCCCGCGGCGGCGAUGGUGCCGAUGAUGGGUGCGGUGGUGGCGGUAGCGAUGGUGGUGGUGACCAUGGUGACGGUGUAA